CUUAAAAAUAAAAACUAAGGGCGAAGGGCUCCCCUCCCAUCCCCUCCUUUAUUCUCAUUCUCCAUAACCAGUCCUGGUGUCCAGCCGCACCUCCCUACGCCGGCCAAGGGACUCGCUCUCAGUCACAGUGAAAACCCUCGAUUCGUCACUCUUCCACACUCCGAACUAGCUUUCCGAAAUGAGAAACAUAGUUCGAUUAGCGGUUCGGACCUUAAAUGAUGUCUCAUCGCCUCGAUUUCUUGUGAGAACUCUCUCUUCAAAUGCAAUAGUUGGUGGGAGAGUGGGCGAUAAAGAAAGUGGUAACUCGUUUGAACCUUCUUCCGAUUUUGAGCAGAGGAUUUUUAGUUCAAAAACAAAUUCUUUUUUCAAAAGUCUCGAUAGCAUUGGGAAGGGUCGUGAUAGCUUUGGCUCAAAUAUGAAUGCUGAGAGUAAUUACGGUAUAAUGGAUGGAUUAGAUGAAAGUUUUGACACUUUACAGGAUGGAAUGGAUGGGAAGCUACAGAAAGCAGCCACAUAUUUUGAAUUUGAUGCUGAAGAAAUAUUGCAAGACGAGUAUGCUUUCAGGCCAGAUGUGAAUUUCAGGAGGGGGAUGACUUAUGAUGUUAAGGAUCUCGAUUUAACUAAGCCAGGAGUUCGUAAACCUCCCCAGAGGGCUGAGUUUAAAGUAACGACAGCAGAAGUAUUAAAAAAAGCUGAUUUUAGGAAUGUACGAUUUCUUGCAAACUUCUUAACAGAGGCUGGAAUUAUCAUCAAAAGGAGCCAGACUGGCAUCAGUGCCAAGGCCCAGAGGAAGGUCGCUAGGGAAAUCAAAACAGCCAGAGCCUUUGGUCUAAUGCCUUUCACAACAAUGGGAACGAAACAAUUUGUUUUUGGAAAAACUAUGGAGGGUCUUGAUGAAGACUAUGAAUAUGAAAAUUUUGAUGGCAAUGUAAUUGCUGAUGCAGAAUAAACAAAAGGCGCCCUAUAAAUGCCUAAAGCUGCUUUUCUAAGGGUUGGAAAUGUACCAUACCUUCUCCAUAUAUUUGCCCUAAUGUGUGAAGGUAAAAGAAAACUGAAACUGGGAAGUGGAACCAUGAAGAUCUCCAUUACCUUCGGAAGCAGUUCUCCUUUUCUGAAACCACUAUGGACGUUUUGAGCUUGGUUUGUGAAUUAUCAGCCUUACACAUGAGGCAAGGGCACUUUUGCUAGUUUAUUUUGUUUUAUUUACCUCAGUAUAGUUGUACUAGUUUAAAAUAAUGGCAAACCGGAACUCCGUGUGUAAGGGAGGCUUUUUGUUCAAAUAAUUUUAGCAAUGACCCUGUAAGAAACUUUAACAAAUUUGAUACUUAUGGCAAUGGCAUUCCACUCAAGUUGGGGACAA